CCCAACGACGACAUCACGCACCCCAUCCCUGACCUGACGGGGUUCAUCACCGAGGGCCAGAUCUACGUCGACCGACAGCUGCACAACCGACAGAUCUACCCGCCCAUCAACGUGCUGCCCUCGCUGUCGCGGCUGAUGAAGUCGGCCAUUGGAGAGGGCAUGACCCGCCGGGACCAUGCCGAUGUGUCCAACCAGCUGUACGCCUGCUACGCCAUCGGCAAGGAUGUCCAGGCCAUGAAGGCUGUUGUUGGGGAAGAGGCUCUCACUGCAGAUGACCUGCUGUACCUGGAGUUCCUACACAAAUUUGAGAAGAACUUCAUCGCCCAAGGCUCGUACGAGAACCGGUCAGUCUUCGAUUCGCUGGACAUCGGAUGGCAAUUGCUGCGUAUCUUCCCCAAAGAGAUGUUGAAACGCAUCCCCGCGAAUAUCGUGGCCGAUUAUUACCCUCGUGAACGGCACAACGAGGCUGGCACACACCUCUAACAAGCCCCCCCC